AAGUAACUAACUUCACCUGUGUAACCUCCAUUUUGUUUAUCUCUUCAACAUAUUUAAACAACUUCCAUAAAAUUAAUAGAUUUUUAAUAAACAUAAAAGAGAAUUUAUAAUGACGUCUCCGUUGGAAAAUUUAGAAACACAACUUGAAAUGUUUAUUGAAAAUGUUCGACAGAUUCACAUAAUUGUCAGCGAUUUUCAGCCUCAAAGCCAGAAUGUUUUGAACCAAAAAUUGCAAGCUAUGGUACACGGUUUACAAGAAGUGGAUAAACUCAAGUCUCAAGUACAAGACGUUCAUGUUCCUUUAGAAGUCUUUGAUUAUAUUGAUCAGGGACGUAAUCCACAACUUUACACAAAAGACUGUAUUGAAAAAGCGUUGGCUAAGAACGAGCAAGUUAAAGGAAAAAUUGAUGCUUACAGAAAAUUUAAGGCAAAUAUGUUGCUGGAACUAAGUCGAACCUUUCCUACAGAACUAAGUAAAUACAGAGCGUUACGAGGUGACGAAUAACAUUAAUUUUGUUUACUGUAUGUAAGUUUUUAUAGAAAUCUAAGUUAUAAUUAUUUUUUAUUACUUAUAUGUGUUAUGUAAAUAAAACAGCAGCAAACUUUGA